AUGCCUGCUCGCACCGCCGAACCCCCGGAAGAUGUCCCUACUACUAGAGCAGUCGAUGGCUUGGGUCUCAAGGUCACCAGAACGCCCAAGCCUCCUUCCAGUCCGUCCAAGAGAGAGGAGAAAGAGAAGACCAAGGCGCAGGAUGUGGCCGAGCUGAAAGACUACCAACUGGGUGAUUGCCUGGGUAAAGGUGCCUUUGGUUCUGUUUACCGGGCGUUGAAUUGGGGCACGGGAGAGACGGUGGCUGUCAAGCAGAUUAAGCUUGCAGAUUUACCCAAAAGUGAACUGAGGGUCAUUAUGCUGGAAAUUGACCUUUUGAAGAAUCUUGAUCACCCCAAUAUUGUCAAAUACAACGGAUUCGUCAAGACGCCCGAAACCCUCAACAUUAUACUCGAAUAUUGCGAGAAUGGAUCCCUCCAUUCGAUCUCCAAGAACUUUGGUCGAUUUCCCGAGAAUCUGGUGGCUCUCUAUAUGUCCCAAGUGCUCCAGGGUUUGGUCUAUCUCCACGACCAGGGUGUCAUACACCGCGAUAUCAAGGGUGCUAACAUUCUCACCACCAAGCAAGGACUGGUCAAACUUGCAGAUUUUGGCGUGGCAAGCCGCACCACAGGACUACAUGAAUCCAGCGUCGUUGGAACCCCCUAUUGGAUGGCCCCCGAAGUGAUCGAGUUGACAGGCGCAACAACCGCUUCGGAUAUAUGGAGUCUCGGUUGCACAGUAAUCGAGUUGCUCGACGGAAAGCCGCCAUAUCACAACCUCCAGCCGAUGCCUGCUCUGUUUCGCAUUGUAAAUGAUGACCAUCCGCCCCUGCCGCAAGGCGCAUCACCUGCUGUUAUGGACUUCUUGAUGCAGUGUUUUCAGAAAGAUCCAAAUCUGAGAGUGUCGGCCAAGAAGCUCUUGAAGCAUCCAUGGAUAGUGAAUGCAAGAAGGACCAACUCGGACAGGCCGAAGAAUUCCACUGAGUACGACGAGGCAAUAAAGAGUGUGCAAGAAUGGAACGAGGCUCUUAAGGAUUCUCCGAAUGGCAGUUCAAUAAGGAAGAACUCGAAUGCUUCGACCGCCAGCCCAAUACCUGUGGCGAAGGACAUGCUUCGUCCAACCAAAUCUCAUACCAAAUCUCCCAUCCCACUCCUCAGUAAGGAUAACACCACUAGAUUUCGCUCACUUGAGGACGAGGACAAUUGGGACGAUGACUUCGCAACGGCUAUUUCACCAAGCACUUUCCAAUUGCCGCAUCUGAGACCUCACGACAACUUUGGGGGCAUGCUGUCUUCUGAUAGAUUGAAGGCUUUCGCUUCAAUGGAGAGUGCACUGGGAAAAGAAAAUGAGGCAGCGGAAGACAAGGACUCGACACUCAAAGCCACUUCGCUGGCCGAUGUGGACGUGAACAAAACAAUUCGCCUUGCCACCACUGCGCCAACGAAGAGACCGGAGGUUCGUCACGCGAGACACAAGUCUGAGGUGCCUCUCAAGCCAAAGGCAAAGCCCACGCCGAUGCCUCGCAAAGCUUCGUUGCCAUCCGCUCGUCAGACAACGAACCUUUCCAAAAGUAAACCGCCGCACCCGAAAGUACAACAAGACGAACCCCCAACACGACGGUACCGGGAGAGUUCUGUCGAAGAUUUCUCCGAUAUCGUCCAAGGGAAUGAACUCACUUUGGACACCAAACUUGGACUGAUGCGGUUACAGGGUGACCCGCCUUCCAAAAUUCUAGGUUCGCCCAGUGUUACCGAUCUAAUUCAGAGUAUGAGACCACCCAAGACAGGCGGUAGUCUCAAGAGGAAUCCGGCUCCCAGAAACAAACUGUCUAUGCGGAGGACGCGAUCUUCGAUCGAGAUCCAACGUUUCGCGGAGAGCGAGCAGGACGAGGACUUUUCAGAUGUCUUUGCGCAGACAACUGCAGUCUUUGAGAGAGCCGAGAGCGAAGAUGGCUCGGAGCUAAUGUUAAACUCGAAGAUCUCCAAUCUAUCAUGGCUUCCGGAUGCUGAGGAUGAGGAUGACCCUUUUGCACAACUCGAGGAGGGCCUCCCAGAAGUCGACCUGGAGUCAAAUAUUGCCCGCGACAAGCACGCGCGACUGAGGACAGACGUGGAGGUUCUCGUGGGCCAGUUGAAAGUCUUGCAGGACGACGAUGCACUGUUACAGAUUUCCGAGGACUUGAUGAAUUUCUUCGACCUCUUCUCGGAUACAAAGAACGUCAUCAUCAGCGCGCAUGGCCUGCUCCCGAUUUUGGAGAUUUUAGAAGACUGCAUGCGUCUAGACAUUGUCCUCAAUCUUCUCAAGAUUGUCAACGCCAUCAUUUUCAAUGAUGAAGAGGUCCAGGAGAAUCUAUGUUUUGUCGGGGGAAUACCAAAGAUCAACAAGUUCGCUUCGAAGAAAUUUCCUCGAGAGAUUCGCCUUGAAGCUGCGGCUUUCGUCCGACAAAUGUAUCAAACAUCCACCCUCAUUCUCCAGAUGUUUGUCAGCGCUGGGGGUUUGACGGUUCUGGUAGACUUUCUUGAAGACGACUACGACGACGAUCGAGAAUUGGUGCUGAUAGGAGUCAAUGGCAUCUGGAGUGUGUUUGAACUACAAGGAUCGACCCCCAAGAACGAUUUCUGCCGGAUCUUGUCUCGAAAUUCGGUUUUGGAGCCGUUGUCGCUCGUCCUGAACCGGGUUCUGAUGGAGCCAUCAGACUCUGGCGAGCAGAAAGAGCUGGCGGACUUGUGCGAAGGCCGGAUCGCCAGCAUUUUCUUCGUCUUUUCCCAGGCAGAGAACUAUGUCAAGGAGCUGGUGGCUGAACGGACCGUUCUGCACCGGGUUUUGAAGAAUCUCAAGAGAAUGGCACCCGCCCACCAAGUCACGAUGCUGAAAUUCAUCAAGAACUUGUCCAUGUUGUCGACCACAUUGGAUGCGCUUCACAAUUCGAAUGCUAUCGAUGUUUUAUCUGAACUCCUCAGCAAUAGCAUGAGCAAGCCGCAUUUUAGGGAGAUGUCCAAUCAGAUAUUGAACACCAUAUACAACCUUUGCCGUCUAUCGAAAAGACGUCAAGAAGAUGCCGCGCUCGUGGGCAUCAUUCCAAUUCUCAUCAAAAUCGUCAAGCAAGAAAAGACUCCGGUCAAAGAGUUUGCACUGCCCAUUCUCUGUGACAUGGCUCAUUCCACCAGGGCUGCUCGCCGUGAGCUUUGGCAGAACAAGGGGCUUGCUUUCUAUGUCUCGUUGCUGUCAGACCCCUACUGGCAAGUGACGGCUUUGGAUGCAAUCUUCACCUGGCUUCAAGAAGAGACGGCCCGAGUCGAAGAUCACUUGUUGGAGAAUCAGAAUUUUAUUUCUGCGAUCGUGGCAGCGUUGACUAGCAGUAAGUCGACCUCAUUUGAAAACCUUCUAGAGCCUCUGCAGAAGCUGCUUCGACUCUCGCCACCUCUGGCAGCAUCAAUGGCGAGAAGCUCUCAAGUUUUCGACAUCUUGGGCCAAAAGUUGGGUCAUAAUAAACCCGCCAUCCGUCUCAACCUGCUUCGUAUCAUUGGCAGCAUCUGCGACUCGACAGAAGAAGGUUGUUACCUCCUGGACCAGUACGGGCUGUACGAUGUGGUCCGAGAACUUUCGUAUUCCGAUUCUGCGGUGCUUGUCCGCAGCAUGGCCAGCGAGCUUAUUCGAUCCUGCGAGGAGACGGACAAUGUGAGCAUCAAAAGUGGGCAGGGUGGCAGCUCAGCCACAAACGGCGCUCGAAGAAAGCACCCAGGCUUCCAACGACGAACCAGCUCCACGACGCCACCCCAUCUCCUGGACCGGCAGAUGAGCAUGCCAACUUCACCUCAGUUGGGGCGAUCCGAGCGCGCGAGUAUGAACAUGUACGAACCUCCGGUCGCACAGACGCCGCGUCGGCAGCGCAAUGGUGUCUACGUCAACGGCACAAACGUGAUGCGACCAGCCAGUCGAGACGGGUCGACGUAUGUGCGCGAGAACUCUCCGGCAUUUGUCAUGCCCAGCCUCACACGAGCCAACACAGCGAGCGUUGUGACGGAGAUGACGGUGAACAAGAGCAGGCUUCCUCGUCAGUCGACUGCCGCCACAGGUAUGGUAGGACCGCAUCGUCUGUCGAGACAAAGUACACGAGAGAGUAUCGUUGGGUCAGCCAGGGCGACCGCGGAGAAGGACGGCAAUUCGGCAACUUCUACAAGAACAUAUCAAGGACACAGCAGCGGUGGAAGCACGCCUGUGACAUCGACCCCCGUGUCAGAGCAGAGAGCCAGGAGGGAAGCCAGACAUGCGCAAUCUAGCAGCAUUAGCCAAGGCCGAAGCACCAACAGCAACAGCAGCAGUAGCGUGGCAGGCUCAAGACCUGGUUCGGGGCAAAGCCACGGUCAGAGUCAGGCGGCUGGGCAGCAGGGUCAGGUUGAAGUGACAGUGGCGAGGCGGACGACAGCCAGGAGACACGGGACGUGGGACGAUCGGUGGGGUUAG